UUGGGUGUAUAGUAGGCCUCGCGGUUCGUUGACGGUGGCGGUACAGCAGUCGUACUUUUGCACUGAUUGAUUAAAGUUUUCCAUUUGAAAUUGUUAAUGAAUGGCAAUUGGCCGUCUGUCGCCUGUGUUUGGUCUGUGAAGUGAGAUAGUUCCUGUUAAGUUGGUUGAGUGGUUUUGAAGAGCUCACAGAAUGUAUACCGUUUCCAAAGGUCCUAGCAAAUUGGUAGCAAAAACGCGAAGAGGAAUACCACAAAAUUAUGAAAAGUUUGAAUUGAUGCGUGAUUUGGGCAAGAAGAACGGCGAUUGUGAUAUAGCCAGUGAAUUGAGUGUUCCUCGUCCGGUGUUUCAGACAACGAAGAAAUCAGCCACACAUCACCUGCGAGCACAGCAACAGCAAGCCGUAGCAGAACACCUCAGUCCGCAACACGAGGAGCUGAUAAAAUACAUAAAUGAUUCGUGGAAUAUGGCGGUAGCCCCCAAUCCUUAUGAUGUUCCAGGAUCACCUGACAGCACAAGUUCCAACACCUCCCUCUCAUCGUCUUGCAGUACCAGCUCAGCGUCCUCCACCUGCUCGAAUUGCAGUACGACCACCCUAUACUACAAUGAUCCACCAAGUCCGGUGCUGGUAGACUUCAAACCGUUUGAUCUGGAGUCCUGGUGGGGGAGGAGAAUUUUUAACAAUAUUACCAAAAAUCUGUGAAAGUCUGAAUCGUUAGGAGUAGAAAAGAAAUAAACAAAGAAAUCACAUAUAAAAUUUACAAUUACUCACCGCAACAAGCUAUCGCUAAACUAAUCAGCUGAAUCAAAUAAGCAAAAUCUGUGAAACUCUCGAGGAAGACUAAAUUGUAAAAAGUAGUGAUACGUUCAGGAGCAAACAAAAAUAACCGGUAGCAAAUUCAACAGGCAAAUCUGAGCAAACAAAAGGUGCAUUAUCAGCUCGGAAUCAGUAUGUUGCAGAACGGCCAGCCAACAAAGACUAGGGAAUGUGGGCGCAUAAGAAUGUGUUUUUGUGAUGUAACUUAGAGCAUUUAGGAAUGUGUUGUUUAUGAUUGCGAAUGAAAGAGAGAAAGGAUCGUUUUAGUUACUAAGUUGAGGUUGCCUAUUAGUGGCUUAGAAAGAAAACGAAUUGUGAGCAAUAUUUUGUAAAUGGAAAUUUUAUCCGAUUGAAGUAUUAUUUGGAUAACCAUCAGAUGUAUUGCUUCAAUUUUGUCCAAUGCCUUUAAAUAGUGCGGAUAGUUCACUUAACCAGUUGAAUUUUCUGUAUGCAACGAGUUCACGACAAUUGGUGGGAGUAAACAAUCCAAAAAGGCAGUAACGUUUCGAUUGGAUGUUGGCUUAAGGUGCGCAAAAAAUCGAAAAAGUCAUUAUACUGAAAUAGUUUUACCUAUUAGAUAUGUUACGGAACUGAGAUAAGAAACAAAAAAGUGCUAGUAUGAAGAAGACAUUUGAUAUAAAACAAUGUUGAUAACGGACUGAAA